CCAGUUUCACAACAAUCCAUUGUUUGGAUCUGCCAAGCAAGCCAUUGUCCAAACUCCGAAGUCCAACCCAGAGAGAGAGAGAUGGAGAAGAAGACCUCAUUGGCCGCCACGUUCUUCAUUUGCUUCCUUGGCUUUUCUGCCUUUGUGAAUUCACAAUCAGAUUCUUGCACUUCAAAACUCACCCUCACUGGCAUUCCAUUUGCCACCACCUCUCUCACUUGUCAAUCUGUCUGGACUUCUCAGGAUUUCAUCCUUAGAUAUCAACAGAGUGGAUCAGUCUGGAACUUAAUCCUCUCAACGCCGAACACAAAUGCUUAUGUCGCAAUCGGCUUCUCGCCAGACGGGCGGAUGGUUGGGUCCAGUUCGAUCGUCGGGUGGGUUCCCUCCGGCGGCAAGGGAGUGAUUAAGCAGUACUAUCUAGGAGGGUUGGACUCUCAGUCCUGCCAACCAGAUAAAGGGAGCCUCAAAGUCUCGAACAUGACCAUUGUAUCUCAGUCAUCGCGCCUGUACCUCGCCUUCCAGUUGAACACCAAUCAACCACCUCAGUCUAACCUGAUUUACGCUGUUGGGCCGAAGAGCAGCUUGCCGUCUUCACCGGACUAUUUGAUGGCGCAGCACCAGUCAAAAACCUCUACAACGUUGAAUUUUGCCACAGGUCAGAGUACGUCCAAAGGCAAUGGCUCAGAUAGUGAAGACAAUGAUGAUUCAGAAAGCUCGGAGGGUUCAGAGAGAUCGGAUGGUAGUUCCAAGAGUAGUACAUCACUCAGCAGUAGUUCUGGUCUCAGGAAUACUUAUGAGGUUGUGCAGAUUUUGGGAUUGGGCAUUCUUAUGUUCAUUAAUGGUUUCUUAUUCACGAGCCCAUGAGCAAUUGGUUACUUUUCUAGUGAUGAAUAUGUACUGAUCCUCCUCGGUUAGAUUAGGUUUUGCUCUCAGGAAUGUUUAUGGGGUAGUUGUGGAUAUUUUGAUAUUGGGCAUUCUUAUGUUCAUUGGUAUUUUAGCCAUUAUUAUUGCCUUACUAUUAU